AUGUGCAUCUCUAGUGCCGAUCAUAACAUCACAUCAUUCUACGCACUAUCACUGAUUUUACAUUGUUCUCCUUCGGACGACGAGAGGAUCACGAUGCCAAACACACUGCAGCAGAUUGCCCUUGUCACCGGAGGUGGCUCCAGAAUCUCAGUUGCAUUUGUCAAGCAAAUCCACAGGAUUGGCUACAGUAUUCUCAUCGCUGACCUUGCUCUCCAUCCUUCGGCCUCGGCCUGGAUUGAGUCUCUACAACCUGAAGCGAGUCAACGAGUCGUAUUCUUCCAACUGGAUGUCGCAGAUUGGGCCCAGCUCGAGGCAUCUUUCAAUCGGUGCGUUGCCAGCUUCGGAUGUGUUCCCACCCUGGUAGUCCCAGGAGCCGGGGUCUUCGAGCCCUCAAGCAAUUCCUUCUGGGAGGAUCAAGACCAGGACUCGAGGUACAAGGUUUUCGACAUCAACCUCAACCACCCUAUCAAAACGACGCGUAUCGCUGUGCGCAAGCUUGUUGAAAACAAUCUCCAGGGUACCAUUAUCCACAUAUCCAGCAUUGCUGCACAGCGCUCAAGCAUCAUUACGCCCCUCUACACGGCCUCGAAACAUGCUUUGAGCAGUUUUAUUCGCGAAAUGGCUCCCCUCGCUGAGAUUCCCGGGAUCAGAGUGGUCGGAGUUGCGCCGGGGUCAAAAAAAAGUCCCUUCUCAUUGCCCUUCGACUCUAACACGUUUCACAGCGUUGUGGGCUCGCCACUGUAUGAGAAGCGCGAGGCAGCAAAGUUCCUUGACCCGGAACGCGACUACAUUCUGCCUCCAGAAGCUGUGGCCUCAGCAAUGAUGACAUUGCUGAGACAGCUAGACGAAUACGAGCCUGGAACAGUCUUGCUGCCACGAGACCGAAUGGCGAAAGGUGUCUCUCCUCGGGGAUUCAGGGCCGCAGGGACCGGCUAG